ACUUUCAGAAGUGACCACCCAGUUCUCCUUGCUUCAGCUGUAGCUAAUGGAGGAGAUUGUUUCUUCUUGUAGGUCUUUACGCAGGUGUCUGUAAUUUGCACGUUGUAACUUGCAAGCAUGAGAGGCCAAAAUUCAAUAUUAAGUCACCAAACCUUAUGUAGCAUAGAACUGGCUAGAGGUGUCUGAUUUUAAGGCUUUUCCCCAAAAUGUGGCUAUGCUGGCAAAGUAAGCAAAGCUGGCAGGCUGUGAGGGUGGUAAGGCAGAGGCACAGAGCAGCUGUGGCUGUCCCAUGGAAGUGUCCAAGGCCAGGUUGGACAGGGCUUGGGAUAGUGAAAGGUGCCCCUGCCUAUGACAGGGAUGUGGCAUGAGAUGGCCUUAAGAUCCCUUCCAACCCAAACUGUUCUGGAAUUCUAUGCUGUCUGUCUCCUCAUCUCUCUGCCCACAGAAAAUUGAUUCUGUGUAGGUGUGAUUAGAAUGAAAGAGGAGAGCUGCUGCUGUCUAAUGUCUGCUGUUGCCACCUGGAGAACUCUGGAAUGCUGUCAGCAGCUCAGGGGAUCUGCUCAUCUGCUCUUCUCAGCACCCUGCCCUCAGCAGAACCACGAAGUUGUUUUGCAUACUGAUUGAGUUUUGUUAAGCAAAAAUAGGACCAAAGACAGACAAAACAGUGUCAGAAUAGGGAUAUGAUUUUUUUUAUGCUUGUGGUUUAAAACUCAGCUCCCAAGGACAGGUUUUAAUCCCUGAAUUGUGUUUUAAAGUGUUGUAGGAGUACAAUAGAUUAUUCUUUGGGAAAGAGAGCGAAGUUGAGCCUGCAUUUGUGAGAGUCUUUCUUGCUCCUCUUUUGCUGAUUGAUUAAUAAUGCCAUAUUAAUCUUUGAGGAAAGAUGUUGGAAGGAUCCAUCUUCAGUACUUGUAAAGUGUACAUUUUGGAAACAUAAGUUUGUGAGCUCUGGACUAUUUAAACCAUUUUUGUGUUAUCUGCAGUUUCGUGAAGGAGACAUUGGAAUAAAUUUUGGCUUCCUGGCUGUGGUUUCAUGGCAUCUUUUUAUUUCCUAUUUUUGGCUUUAGUGUAAACCCUUCUUGCUUUCAGCAAGAUGUGAAAUUUCUUUGGGUAUGAACGUGUUUGUGAUUUAAAAGUUGUAAUUUUUACACCUGAAGCAAUGUAAAGCUGUUCAACUUAUUUUCAUAAUUUAAGGCAUAAUUUAAAAGGAGUUUAUGUUUUCUUGAAAUUCCCACAACUGUAUAAGCAACCAGUGUGUUCAGAGUGUGGUGGUAAACUGCAUGCUCUCUUAAUGUAGUUUUUAAUAGAGGCCUGGAAAAUAUUUAAUUUAUGGAUAAAUUCUUACUGGUAUUUGCUUGUAUUUUCUCUCUGAAGUGACAAACUUCCCUGUCAGAGGUGGAUCUUGGGCUGGUCCCUUUGAAGCUCAAAUAUUCCUGUUCCUCUAGAGUCUCAGGACUAGUGCUCUCAGGAGAUCUACCAGUCCCUCUGUGUUGAGUUCACCCAAGUGCAGAUUUUCAUUGCUCCUCUCUGAAUUUAUUAGAUCACAUGAUUAUAUCACUGCAAUUUGGUAGUGCUGGAUGAUAGCCUUGGGUACAUUUUUCUGGUAGAAAAAUCUGUUUUCUUCCAUUUGGCUUGUAAGUUCAUGAAGGUGCCAUUGUUUUCUUCACCUGUAAUUGCAUGCUCCUUGUAUGUUUUUGAACUUAUUUGCUUUGUGGGCUUCUGCUUGUCCUGCAGUUGGAUGGAGAAGCAGCCUGGUGUGUGCAUUGCCAUGGGUGACCACUGCUUUCCUGUACUUCCCUGGUACUGAAGCCACCAGGAUUCAGUAAUGGAGGCGUUGCUGGAAGGAAUGCAAAGAAAUGGGCAGGGGAGCGGUGGGUUCUUGACCUCCUGUGAGGCCGAGCUGCAGGAGCUGAUGAAGCAGAUUGACAUCAUGGUGGCUCACAAGAAAUCCGAAUGGGAAGGGCAGACACAGGCUUUGGAAGCUUGUCUGAGUGCCCGUGAGCAGGAACUUUCCUCUGCCAAGGCAGCUCUGCAGGAAAAACAAAAGGAGGUUGGCAUGUUGCGUCGCCAGGUCGAAGAUGUGGAAAAAUCCAAGCAGGACAUGGUCAGAGAGUAUGAACAACAGCUGAAGAAAUUCCAGGAGGAGUUGUCCCGUUUGAGGAGGAGCUAUGAGAAGCUGCAGAAGAGAAAAACAAGAAACAGAGGAGAAGCUAACAGGGGCCAAGAGGAGGACAAGUUUGAAUUGAGCCGACUGACCAGAAAGCUGGAGGAAUUCCGUCAAAAAUCACUUGACUGGGAGAAGCAGCGCCUGCAGUACCAGCAGCAGGUGGCAUCGCUGGAGGCGCAGCGCAAGGCUCUGGCAGAGCACUCCGAGCUCGUGCAGACCCAGCUGGCCAAUCGGAAGCAGAUCCUGGACUCGGUGGAGCUGGCGAGCCGCUCGGAAAUCCAGCACUUGACCAGCAGGCUGGAGAGGGCCAAUGACACUAUCUGUGCCAACGAGCUGGAGGUGGAGAGGCUCAGCAUGAGGGUGGAUGACCUGAGUGAGGACAACCGCAUCAUUCUGGAGGAUCAGCAGAGAGUUCAAGAAGAAUUAAGGCAGUCCAAGAAAAUGUUAGAGGUGCUGCAGGAUGAGAAGAUGGAACUGAAAGCCACCUUGCAGUCUCAAGAAGAUUUCAUUGGCAGCUCCAAGCUGCACCAGGAGCAGUUAGAGAAAGAGCUGGCCAGGGUGACUGAAACUCUUCACACAAAAGACUGCCUCAUCAGGGCCUUGGAGGAGCGCUUGCAAGGGAAGCUGUUGUCCUCUGCAGGGCUGGAGCUGCAGCAGGUGCUGCUGCAGCUGGAUGUUGCCCAGAAGAAGGAACAGCACUUGCAGUCAGAGGUGACUCGUCUUGAGAACAGCCUGGUGUCUUCAAAUGCCAGGUGUGUGCAGCUGAGUGAGGAGCUGGAUGAGAAUAUCAAAGAGCUGCAGUCCCUGGAAGAAGACCAGACUGAGUCAAGGGCAGAGAUUAAAAAGCUGAAAGACCAGCUCUCUGAGGCUGAACAGAUGCACAGCAGUGAGUUAGAAGGGAUGAAAAGGGAGAUCUCCAGGCUGACCCAGGAACUGCACCAGAGGGACAUCACCAUUGCAUCGGCGAGUGGCUCCACCUCAGACCUGGAGCAGCAGCUCAGAGCAGAGAUUGAAAGAGCAGAGAGGAAAGCAGUGGAGCACAGGGUAAUUCUGGUCCAGCUGGAAACUUUGAGGCUGGAAAACCGUCAUCUCUCAGAGAUUCUGGAGAAAACAGAGUGUGGUAAGCUGAAGGGGGAUGGUGGCACCCUGAGAGCCCUCAGGGAGGACUAUGCUGUUGAGCUCCAGAAAUUAAUAUCUGAGAACCAGCAGCUGCGGAAGGACCUUGCAGAGACCAGGGCAAAACUGGGGGUCACUGCACAGGGGUGCCCACAUGAACCCAAGGGCACGGCUCAGCAGGGGCAAGGCAAAGAGCCCAGGGAUAUACAGCACAGGACAGCUCAGGAAGCACAGCACGAGCAGGAUGAACACACAGGGAGGACACAUCUCCAGCCUGACAGGACUGCUCAGCAUCAUCACAGGGACUCCCAGAGGUGUGGGGCUGCUGAAACAGCAACUGUGACCCCUGAGACGGGUGAGCCACCCUCCCAGAGCAGCAGCAAGAACUGCAAGGAGUCAUGUGCCUGGCUGGGAGCAGAGUCUGUGCUCCAUGCAGUGGAUGAAAACAAAGAUUUUGCAGAUGAAGCAUCUAAGCAGCCUGCCUCAAAUCGUCACAGAGAAUCUGUGUCUUUGUGCCCCUUGCCUACAGCUUCUGUUGGAUCCAUUGCUGCACGAUACCUGGAAGAUGAAGAAGUGAGAUCCCAGCACAUCCUGGAGUGCCUAAAUGCUCACAUUGAGGAACUGAAAAAAGAGAGUGCAAAGAUAGUGAGACGAUUUGAACACCAGGAAUAAUGUUUCUUGUGGAAUUGCAGUGCUGUUUCUUUACAUGGUUCCAAUCUGUGACUGGGAAGGUGCCUAUAUCCAGUUGGGAUUGGAGUUUCAGAGAGAGGCCACAUGUCCCACUUGGAGCUGAAUCAGCAGGAUGGGAGUUCAGGAAAAGGAACUUCUGUCUGCGUGCUUGCUCUGGUGUGGGGUGUUAGACCACAAACAUUUUAGCCGCUUGUCGUACGUCAGAGACCUCUAUCAGAGCUAUAUUCUCACUCACCAAAAUUAUGGUGUUUUUUAAAAGCAAACCAUUUGUUAUUUUUUAUCUAAUGUAUUUAAAGUAUAUUUUAUAUGUGU